AGAAGAAGCAAAGCACCUAACGAGCCAAGAUGGCGGCAUUUCCGACAUGGUUGUGUGUGUGAACUUUUGCACUUUGUUCUCGGGCGCAAAUAUAUUAAUUCCCUUCCGAGUCCAAGUGCAGCCGACACGCUGCGCCGUAGUUUAGUAACGCACUGCUUGUUUGCGCGGACCGUUACAGCGCGUCGUGUUCGUUUGUGACGGCGGAUUAAUCUCCGCGUCAGUUAACCGCCUGGCGGACGGAAGCCACAGCGGCUCAGAAAAAAGAAAAACAAAACCCCCACCAGGCUCGGAGAUGAAGGAGGCUUUGACCCUGGUCCAGAAGCUGAGCGCACACCCGGACUCCCGGUGCUGGUUCGUCAGCUGGAGCCCGUCCGGGACGCUGCUGGCUUCGUGCGGCGGUGACAAGGCCAUCCGGAUAUGGGGACGAGAAGGUGACUCUUGGAUCUGUAAGAGUGUGCUUCAGGACGGACACCAGCGCACCGUGAGGAAAGUGGCGUGGUCUCCCUGCGGGAAAUAUCUGGCCUCUGCCAGCUUUGACGCAACCACGUGCAUCUGGAAAAAGAACAACGAGGAUUUUGAGAGUUUGACCGUGCUGGAAGGACAUGAAAAUGAGGUCAAGUGUGUGGCGUGGGCCCCUUCAGGGAACCUGCUGGCAACGUGUAGCCGAGACAAGAGCGUCUGGGUCUGGGAAGUGGACGAAGAAGACGAGUACGAGUGUGUGACCGUCGUAAACUCCCACACACAAGAUGUCAAGCAUGUUGUGUGGCACCCGACCCAGGAGCUCCUGGCUUCAGCGAGCUACGACAACAACGUUUGUAUUUACAAGGAAGAGGAUGACGACUGGGAGUGCCGAGCCACCUUGCAAGGACACACGUCCACAGUCUGGAGUUUGGCUUUUGAUGGAAGUGGACAGAGGUUGGCCUCGUGCAGCGACGACCGCACCGUGAAGAUCUGGAAGGAGUAUCCAAAUGAAAGUGGACAGGGAGACUUGUCGUGGAAGUGUGUGUGCACUCUGUCUGGGUACCACAAACGAACGGUGUACGAUGUCGCCUGGUGUCGGCUGACCGGCGCCCUGGCUACCGCCUGCGGUGAUGACGCAGUGCGAGUGUUUAAGGAGGACGAGGCGUCCGAUCCAGACCAGCCGGUGUUCUCGCUGGCCGCUCAGGCGACCAAAGCUCACAGCCAGGACGUCAACUGCGUCGCCUGGAACCCAAAGGAGGCGGGACUCCUGGCCUCCUGCAGCGAUGAAGGAGACAUCUCCAUCUGGAGGUUCCACGAGGAAGACUGAGCGCUCAACUGGCCCCUCACUGAGUUACACUGGGAACUGUGGUCACCACGCAUAUUCUUCAUUCAGCUUUUACAGCUUCUCAUAGCUCCGCAAGGAUUCAGCUUAAUAACAGUUUAUAAACACAUCAUGUUACAAUUCUAAACUGACAAUAACGCUUUCAGUGCAUCUUGUGCUUUCUGUGAGUCUACAUAUUUCUUUAUAACAGCUUAAUUAAGAUUUUAUUGACAAUUAAUGUUUAUAUAAAUAAAGAGAAUAUAAAAAAACAA